CCCAGACGCGUUCUUCCUCAUUGCAAUCUCUCGCAAUCUCUCUCGCGCGCGCACGGCUGACUGUUUCAGCGAGAUUCGUCGCAAUAAUCGUGCUGAGACCCAAGGCAUACGGCCGACGAUGGCCAUCUCAUCAAACUGCACAUACUGGCAGAGCAGAGCAUACAGAAGCCAACUGAGCUUUUCAGCGUCUACUCUACCUACCACAUACAUCUUAACUUUGUUGACAGCCGAGUGAAUCAAUGUUUACGAGCAUCUCUCGUUGCACCGCCUUCUCCCGUCGUGCUGGCGACUCUGUUCCGCCAGUAGAAUAGUCCGGCCUACCUGAUCAUAUCACCCGCUACAAAGCCUGAAAUGGCACGCAACAAUACGCCACAUUUCCAGCACUUCCGCAGCCCGACCAAAGACAGGCGUUUGUAACCUCGUGGUAUUGGCUCGACAUAAUCUUGGGCCAAAAGUUCCUUGACUACACCCCUGCAAUGUCAACCAACUGAAACCAAGUUGGCAAAGUCCAGGUCAAGCAGCCAUACCAUUUUAGAGUCCGACAGGACCAUCUUCUGGCCAUGGAGCCCAACUCUAGAUCAUGAUACAACUGGUCUGGUGACUCACCCAGUUCUUGCAGUAGGUACAAAGCUCUCUGUUUACCCACAUGAUGUUCAGGAAGCAACGUCGAAAGCACGCAAUCCGCAGCAGGAUACCUAUCAUACCAGCAAAACUUCAAAGCAUCUCUGAGCUCUCCAGCACCUCCAAGCAUGGGCCUGCUUAGCAAGAAGACCAAGGGUGUCACCCCUAGCGACGGAGAAAAGCCGGCUUCAGGCGCAUCCAUCCCACCAGCACCUUCAACAACAGAACUGGCUCUGAUUGCUGAACGCGAAACCACGACAACGCAAGCCAGGAAGGCGAAGAAAGCGGAGACCAAAUACCGCGUCAAACGUCAGGCUACGCGUGCUCGCACAGAACGUGCAGCUGCCAAGACUCAUCUCAAGAACUCGUUCAAGGAAUUCCGAAGCGGGAUUGCAGCCAGCGCAAGAGCCAUCUGGCUGCUGCAGUACUGCUUGAGGGAGAGAAUUGCAGGGAAAGAGGGUACGAAGGAGAAGAGGCAGCUUGAGCGCAGCGAGACGAAGAGGAAGAAGCUCGAAGAAAAGAUGAGGAAGGCCGAGGAAAAGAUCGAAAGGAAGAAGGCGGAGAUACCUCCGGAGGAUCCAGAGAAGGAAGCAUAAAGGUGCAGUCGAGUAGUAUCAUGAAGGCGCGGAUGGAGUUGAGGAGCGAGAACAGCAUUUCCUAUGUCAGAGAAUGCAGUCGAAUUUCCUUGUGUACAGGUUUGAUUUUUGAGUGUAAUGUCGAUACCCGAGCUAAGCACACUACCAGUCUCCACUGAAGUCGAAAUUUGGAAGCAUCAAUAGCGCGAAACAGAAUCAUCAGAUUUGGAAAUCUAGCUCUUGCUUCAGG